AUGGCAUCUCCCGAUGGCAACAGAGCCAAAAGAUUAUGGGUCAAAGCUCGGGACACACUACGGAGCAUACGCACUUUUCAAUUCUCAGCCACCGACCGCUUUGAAGAGGAGGAAUAUGUUGCUCAAGACUUCGACUUUCCAACCUUUCCACCUCCGCCUCCCCGACAGAUCCUGCAAUCUCCUUCCACCUACCGCGACCAAAUCCGCCAGCGCAAGUUUGCCUGCCCCCGCGGUGUCUUUGAGGACUCGUCCCUCUACGCGCUAUACCGACUCUAUGAAUUCUUCCUCUUAGACGACCAAAUAGCCUACCGCAAUGAGCUCGAAGCAUUUUGGCGAAAGUCGGAUCCUUCCUGGACUGUCUCCAAGAUCCCAGACCCCAAAGUCGCCGAUCCAGGAUUUGACUCACCGGGUUUAACAGAUCUUGAACGCCAUGAACAUUAUGCCUUUUUGGCAGGGUGUACCUACAUGCUGGUCAAGUCGUUCAACGCGCGUGUCAAGUUGGGGCUUAGCCGGCAGAUGAGGUCACUCAUGACCCCUGACGAGGCGGAAGCAGCUCGAAACGUGCCAAUGGAAGAGAGAAGUUGGGAGAGUGUGCCAGAGUGGGCUGAGAAUGUCCCGGCGUUGCCCGAGGUGCUGGUUGUUCCUACGCAUGAUGGAGAAGUGCUCACUGGGCCGGAGGAUAUGAGAGCUGAUGAGAACUUUUUGAAGAAGGGGAUUUUGUUGUGGGCGCCGCAUAUUUAUUUUACUUGA